CACGCUCCACAUUGAAGUGGUAAUACUGCCAUCUUAAUCUGAGUUUCUUCCUCACCGAUACUUCCCCUUGGAUAUAUUUCUUCAUAUAUUUCGAGCCCAGAAUUUGGCUGGCUUUUCCUCUUUAUCUCCUAACUUUUGGAUUGCAAUGCACAAAUUAAUAUCCCAAUCAUUUCUCCGUCAAAACCCAAACUUCAAUCAAAAGCCUCAACGCCAACAAUGAGUUCUCCCUCAGAGGACACGCCGUAUUCGAUUCCAUUGACACUGGCAGAGCACCUAGUAUCUACCCCGCUAUUAUCGUGGUAUGAUGGUGUCGCUCUUCAGCCAAAUAGUCUUUGGGGCGCUCAAAUCUAUGAUAAUCAUAAUCUUAUAUUGUUGGGAACGUUCAAGUCUGAAAUAUCUGCAGCCCGUGUUUACGAUAGUGUGGCCAGAAAAAUCUACGGAAGUGACUUCUUCCGUAACUUAUUUUUAACAAAUCUCACCAUUCACGAACCUAGUUUUCAGAGCAUGUACACCAAGGAAGCCAUCAUUGAUAUGAUUAGGGAUGGCUCUUACGAACCCAAGUUCAUGGAGUUCAUUUGGAUUCACCACCCGAACUUCCGCUAUAGUGGCUUUGUUGCAUGGCCUACUUCUUUGGACACCAUCCACGGAGUCCUUUUUAAGGAAAUGUUUCAUAAAAAGUUGAUCCUGACAGAUAUGGAGAAUAAGGAAGUUGGGGCACGUUUGCCGAUGAGAUGGAGCUUUGUGUUAAUGACAUUGUUGUCUUCUAUCGAUCUAGGGACUGGGGAAGGUGUCCUACCAGAAUUUUUUAUGUGGUUGACAUCAUUCGGGGCGUCAUUUGAUAAGCAAUAGUGACCAGCUGAGGCUAGCAUUAAUGCAAAAAAUUGAAUGCUAUACAUUCAGUGAGUUGUUUCUCUUCAAAGAUAUUGGAAUCUUUUUCUAAAAUCUUAUGUUUAUAAAAAAAAAUCAAG